GGAGAGAGGUGGAGAAGGUGACCGUGGAUGCCCUGAGCGGCCUGACAGGAGACCUGGCUGGCCGGUACUAUCGCCUCAGCGAGAUGACGGAGAAGGAGCAGCAGCAGCUCAUUGAUGAUCACUUCCUCUUUGACAAGCCCGUCUCCCCCUUACUGACAGCAUCAGGAAUGGCCCGGGACUGGCCCGACGCCCGAGGAAUCUGGCACAAUAAUGAGAAGACCUUCCUGAUCUGGAUCAAUGAGGAGGAUCACACCCGCCUCAUCUCCAUGGAGAAGGGUGGCAACAUGAAGCGGGUCUUUGAGAGGUUCUGCAAGGGCCUGAAGGAGGUGGAGAGACUAAUCCAGGAGCGAGGCUGGGAGUUCAUGUGGAAUGAGAGGCUGGGCUACAUCCUGACAUGUCCGUCCAACCUGGGCACCGGGCUGCGCGCAGGGGUCCACAUCAAACUGCCGCUGCUGAGCAAGGACACCCGAUUCACCAAGAUCCUGGAGAACUUGCGGCUGCAGAAGCGCGGGACAGGCGGGGUGGACACAGCCACCACCGGCAGCACCUUUGACAUCUCCAAUCUGGAUCGUUUGGGAAAAUCUGAGGUGGAGCUGGUGCAGCUGGUGAUAGAUGGAGUGAACUACCUGAUCGACUGUGAGCGGCGGCUGGAGAGGGGCCAGGAUAUCCGCAUCCCCUCGCCCGUGCCUCAAUUCAGGCACUAAACUUGAGCCCUGCUUGGACAGGCCCCAGCCUCGGAGCCCCCCCCAACCCCUCCCUGUAGCCUGACCAGUACUGCUGGCUGUUGUGUUACCCACAAUGCACUGUACCAGCUUCCAUAAACCUCUGCUGCUG